GAAGAGGGCCGAACCCGGAAGUUCCGGGGCGAGAUCCGGGUGCCAACGAGUCGUCUCAGGUGUGGACGGAAACGGGGGCCAUGGCAGCUCCGGGACCAGCGCUUUGUCUCUUCGACGUGGACGGGACCCUGACCGCCCCGCGGCAGAAAAUUACCAAAGAAAUGGAUGACUUUCUACAAAAGUUGAGACAGAAGAUCAAAAUCGGCGUGGUCGGCGGGUCAGACUUCGAGAAAGUGCAGGAGCAGCUGGGAACUGAUGUGAUUGAAAAAUAUGAUUACGUGUUUCCAGAAAAUGGCUUGGUAGCAUACAAAGACGGGAAACUCUUGUCUAAACAGAGUAUUCAAGGCCACCUCGGGGAGGCGCUGAUCCAGGAUUUAAUCAACUACUGCCUGAGCUACAUCGCAAAAAUUAAACUCCCAAAGAAGAGGGGCACCUUCAUUGAAUUCCGAAAUGGGAUGCUGAACGUGUCCCCUAUUGGAAGAAGCUGCAGCCAGGAAGAACGCAUUGAAUUCUAUGAACUUGACAAAAAAGAAAACAUAAGACAAAAAUUUGUAGCAGAUCUGCGGAAAGAGUUUGCAGGAAAAGGCCUCACGUUUUCCAUAGGGGGCCAGAUCAGCUUUGAUGUCUUUCCUGAUGGAUGGGACAAGAGGUAUUGCCUGAGACAUGUGGAAAAUGACGGUUAUAAGACCAUCUACUUCUUUGGAGACAAAACCAUGCCAGGAGGCAACGACCACGAGAUCUUCACAGACCCGAGAACCGUGGGCUACACCGUGACGGCGCCCGAGGACACACGCAGGGUCUGCGAGGAGCUCUUCUAACACGGGGCAGGGCGUCCUGGCCAGCAGCCCCGCAGUCCCCCUCUCCGUGACCAGGCCCGCCUCCAGCUGUCAGUCAUGCUUGCUGGGCAGGGGACCUGGCCCCACCUCCACGGCCCAGGAACGCCUGUCAAGGAUGGACCAGAGAACUGCCCCCCACCCCCAGCCCGGGACCCGCCUGAGGUGCGGAGUCCCACCACUCCGUCAUUUAGAACCUGCAGUGAUUCUAGAGUGGUGCAGGAAGACCCUCCCUCCUGAGUCACAGGAAGCCCAACAGGACCCUGUGUAGACCCCAGAAAGCGGGAUUUGGUGAUGAGGAAGAAAGGGUGACCACAGUCUUAACACUUCCUGCAACGGAGUUCCCUCCUGCGAGAGCGUGGGGGCAGGCGAAUCGAGCUCAAUGACUGGAUGCUCCCUUUUCUGUUCCCAGCCACUUCUGUGUGUGAGACCCAGACCUCAGCACAGCCUGGCUGACGGAUGGUGGGCCAGGUGACAGCGGCCCUCAAGGAGUUUGCAUCUCAGCUGGCUAGGGCUUGGGCCAGCGCUGUUCACUACACUGCGGCUGUUUUCUGUAGCCAUCAAGACGGGAGGUCGUGGGAACCGAGAGCCCGGGAGGGUUGGCGCUGGCCAAACUGCCCUUUCCCUGGAGGCUGGCCCUGAGCCCAGUGCAAAGGAACUCGCUUCAGACGUCAGCCUUUGGCCAGACACCCUUCUCCCCGGACUGGCAAGGCCUCCCCGCGCCAGGACUCAGUGCUACUUUCUCAGGGAUCCGUGCAGCCCAGACGGUUACAGGAACAGGAGCCGCACUCUCCUCAGCUGGUCCUCCCAGGCCCUCGCCCAGACUGAGGGGUGGGGAAGCUGUAGCCAGGCCUGUGUCCCCCAUCCCCUCUCCAUGUUCUGCAAGUUCUCUGUGAAACAAGGCCCACAGGCCUUGACCAGAGCGCAGCGGGAGAGCGCUUUCUGAGAACGGUUCUAGAAACACUGGGACGCCCUGAGACCCUGGGGCGGGCACACAGUGGUUCACCGCUCCGCCUCCUGGGUCAGGACCAGGCGCCAUCAUCACAGGUAAGCUUGGCCCCUCCCAGCCCCCCCCCCCCCCCCGGCCUCUGGUGCUCAGCCUGGCCUGAGAUGGGGGCGGUGACAGCAGGAGGCUGUGGUGGUCCCUGCCCCUUCCCCACCUGGGUGAGUCCCAGGGCGUUGAAUUUUCAGACGAUACUGUAAUGGCCUUUCAGAAUGAAAAUCAGCACAUUAAAGCACAUUCCUUGUUGAUUCUCAUCCUGACAACUUUCCUCCUGGGGCUCCCACGUGGGUGUGGAAGGAGACCCCAGCCCCUCUUCCCGUGCCCUGGUGUUCCGUCACAGCGGGCACGGUGCUACACGGUCCCUCCUGCCCACUGGGUCCAGCCCCGCCACUCCCUACAGGUUCGCUUCAGCUGGGGAGGUUCAGGGCUAGCUGAUGUCCUCAGGGCUGUCCCGUGCGCCCAGGCCUCCCUGAUUCCCCAGUGGCUAUUUCAGCCCCUCCAGCCACUCACAUCCCUUCCCACUCCCCCCCUCUCCGCUAUCACAAACCCCUCGGCCUCCCUCACACCUCUAAAGGAAUUUGAGCUCUGUCAUACCUUCCCCCCUUCUUCUGGUCUUGGCAUCCCAGUCCAGCCCUGCUGGGGGCUCAUCCAAGAGCACCUCCCAGCCAGGCACCGCGGUGGGCUCUCCAGUGAUGGGGGGGGUGGCCCGUCCCCCACUGGAGGGGUUGAAGUCCCGGC